AUGCUCGAGGCGGAGUUAAAAGCCGCGCCGGUUCAGGCGAGGCGCGUAUCAGAACAGACUGAUGCCGGGGUCUGGAGGUUCAAGUGGCGAGACAGUCCCGGGAGGCUCGAGACGGGAAACCGGCCAGGAGGAAGCGUGCUGCCCACACCACCGGAAUCGACACAGUCGGACAAGGCUAGCUCGCUGGCUGGCGCUUUUGCUCAGACGGGGGAGGUGCAGAAAGUGGGUUGA